ACUAAAAUAUGCAAUGCACUUCCGGAAAGGGGCUGCCUUUUUGUAACGUUAUCAAAGAGAGUUUGACUUGCUAGCUACGCGUCAGUUAGCUAAAUAUGCUACUACAAGCUAUAUUGCUAGCUGACGCUGGCUAGCCUUUCACUUCUUUUUUUCCAGUAUGUUGGUGUAUUCCAUCUGCCAAGUACUUUCACUGUAAAAUACAGAAAUAUAUCAACGUGUUUAAACGACGCCGCAGCAGCUAAUCCAAAUUGGCUUCAGACAGUUGUUAGCCUCUUCAGCUUGUCCCGGUCAGUUUAGGUAGCUUGCUAGCAUUAGCUGUUUGUGCACUGAAGAGCAAACCAGCAGUGUCUGAUUGAUGGCGGCGCUAUUUUGAGGCCACACUAUUUUUUUCUUUUUGCGCCUUAGGGCAACUAAGGCUUAAAGUCACACUCCCACUCGUAAAAUGACAGUUUUUAUUGGUUGUGUCGGCUUAGUUUCUGCAGCAGCUGUGUAAUCACUCGUCUACGCUGGUCCAUCCAAAACGCACCUCAGCUAAGCCAAGAGAGAUUAGCGGCUCAGCAGACUGAAUGUUUUUGGUUUGACAGUGAAGUUAAAGCACCAGGAUCAACAGCUGCACGUUUAAUACUUUCACUUAUUGAGUCUUGUAGCUCUAACAGGGGAAACGGUUCCCUUUUAAUCUUCACACAAACAACCACAACAGUUUCUUUUCUGCCAGGUCGAAGUUUAGUGUUGACAGGUGAAGCAGACUGAUCGUGUUGUAAAAAGUGUUUUGUUCUGCUUUUUGCGUUUCUCGAAUUCGAGUGUUGUUGCUUCACUUUUUACAUUUCAGUUUUAAGUCAGAGAAAAACUUAAUACACGAAUAUUUUAAUAUGUUUUGUUAGAAAUGGUUUUGAGUACUGUGUAAAUCUCUAGAGUGUAGGUGAUAAAUGUGUUUUUUUUUUCCAGUAAAAUGCCGUUGUCCAUUCAUUGUUUUCUCUCAGUGCGAUAAGAACAACAGGACAGUAUGGCCACCACUGUUACUGUCAGUCCUAGCGAAUACCUUCAGCCCUCCACUGCCUCUACACAAGACACACAGCCCUCCCCUUUGGCCCUCCUGGCUGCCACCUGUAGUAAAAUUGGACCUCCUGCUGCUCAGGCUCCUGCAACCUCUCCACCAGCGCAGCCACAGCCUCGCAGGCUCCUCCCCAUAAAACCAGCUCCAAUUGCCCCUGCUCCCCCUAAAAACCUGGGUUUUCUCUCAACUAAGGGCAAUGUGAUCCAGCUCCCUGCUGGCCUGGGCUCCACGGCCCCCGGCAGCCCCAUAGUCCUCACCAUUCAGCAGAGCCCAGCGCGCGCCAAUACCGCUGCCCCCGCCAACAUCCAGUACCAGGUGGUGCCACAGAUUCAGAACACCCAGACCAUCCAGGUGAUGCCACAGGGAGGUCAGAUCCAGCUCAUUCCAGGCACCAACCAGGCCAUCAUUACAACUCCCAUGACCAUGCCAGCCCCUGUGCCUGCCACAACUCCUGUAACCCCACAGAAGACUGUAGCCAUCAAACCUUGCCCUAAGCUACAGAAGCUAAACAACACAGCUACAAAUGUGGUGCAGCUGCCCAGUGGCCUCACGCUACCACUCAAUGUAGCGACAGGAGAGGUGGGUGGGACACAAAUCAUCACAGAGACAGCGGCUGCUCCUCCCACGCCUGGAAAGGGACGCCGGGGCAGAAAGAAGAAAGUGGUUCUGGCUCCUCAGCCUCCGCCGCAUCCUCCUCCUCCUCCUGCACAGGCCUCCUCCCCCUCCCCAGAGCAGAUGGAGACCAUACUGAUAGAAACUGGUGACAACAUCAUACAGGCUGGCAACAACCUGCUGAUUGUGCAGAGUCCUGGACAGCCAGCUGUGGUGCAGCAGGUCCAGCUGGUACAGCCCAAACCAGAUUCCCAGGUGGUUCAGAUCCCCCAGCAAGCCCUAAAGGUCGUACAAGCUGCCUCAGCCACGCUGCCACCCGUGCCUCAGAGACAGCCGGUCCCCUCAAACCUGCAAGUCACCCCAACGGAGCCCACGCCCACUCAGAUCUUUUUCAAAACAAAUUCGGGUGAGUGGCAGUCGGUCCUGCUCCAAGACUCGGUAUCCACAGCAACGACCCCCACCACAUCGGUGGCUACGACCACCACAUCGCCACCGACCAGCACCAAGAAGACGCAGACAGGCGGGCGGAAAGAGAGGACUCUGGCCAAAAUCGCCCCAGCAGGUGGAAUGAUCGCACUGAACACGUCUCAGCUCUCCUCAGCUGCUCAGGCUGUGCAGACCAUCAGCAUCAACGGGGUCCAAGUUCAGGGAGUUCCUGUAACCAUCACCAACGCAGGGGGCCAACAGCACCUCACGGUGCAAACGAUGCAGGGUGGAGGGCUCCAGUUGGCCACAACUCCAGGCCAGCCAGCCAUCCAAAUGGACCACACCCUGACGCUUGAGCUGCCUGGACAACCAACGGAGAAGAAGCGGCGCAUGGCCUGCACCUGCCCCAACUGCAAAGAUGCAGACAAGAGACCUGGAGAGGUGGGCAAGAGGAAGCACAUCUGUCACGUCCCUGGCUGUGAGAAGACUUUCAGGAAAACGUCACUGCUCAGAGCUCACGUCCGGCUGCACACGGGCGAGAGGCCCUUUGUGUGCAACUGGGUUUUUUGUGGGAAACGUUUCACACGCAGCGAUGAGCUGCAGCGGCACGCCAGGACGCACACAGGGGACAAGCGGUUUGAGUGCAACCAGUGUCAGAAACGCUUCAUGAGGAGUGACCAUCUGACAAAGCAUUACAAGACUCACAUAAACACCAAGAACCUGUGAGCAGACCAGGCACAUGCACAGACAGACUGAAGACUGUGUAAGAGGAAGGAAGGCAGAGGAGACUAUCCCAAGAGGGGGCUGAGGCUUAUCCCAUAAUGGGAAAUACUCCAAAAUAAAGUCCCCAUCCUCCCCUUCCUUCUCUUGGACACUGUGUAACAUGAUGUACAAAGACAUCCUUCUCGGUGGACUUAACCGAUUCAGAAAAUUUAAUAAUAAUAGUUUAUUAUCGUUUCUUUGCUCUGGUCUGACCAGAAGCCAGAAACGGCUCUGACUGAAUAUGUAAGAUGAUUAGAUGACGGGCUUCAAACACAAAUGCUUGACACUGUUUACUUAUUUAUGAACGUCUCUGGAGGAACAACACCGGAACCCGACACCCAGGACAUCCCCAGGACAUCCCCAGGACUCCUGUUAUUUCCACAUCUCCCACAUUUUCAUUCUUUUUAAUUUUUCUAUUUAUUUACUGUGAAAAUUCUGGAUCACCCAGAAAUUGGCCAUGAAGCACCAGACAACUGUCAGCUGAAUAGAAACUAGCUUAACCCCAGUGGAAGGGGUUUUUAGUUUUACGCUAAGUGUGUUUCAGAAGAUUUUGUCAAACCUUUGCUUUGGGGACCAUUGCAGCACCCCCCCCCCCCCCCCCCCCCCCCAGACACACACACACACACACACACACACACACACACACACACACACACACACACAGAGGACAUUUGAAGAAGUUAGAAGUUUACAUUGGCUGUUUUUAAAGUGUGUAUAUGCAUACUAUUAUACAUAAUAUUAUUAAUAAUAAACUAUUUAUAAACUUUCCCAUACAACUGUUACAAAUUGAUUUACAAAUGUGCAUGUUGGUAAACUUUACACAGUAAAGCAGCAGCAACAGAACAGGAGAUGUUAAGGUGUGUUUUAAGUCUGGCCUGAGCUUUUCUGGCUGCACAAUCAUUUGUUCAUCCGCCAGUACCUCAACAACAGCAGCACUUCAGGCGCCACUCAGCUUGGAAGAGUUUCAGUAUGUCGACUUGGAAAGGGUGCCUUAAAUUCUACCAGUAAAAGUUUAACAUCACUGUCCAAAUGUACAAAGACACAAAAAAAAAACAUGUUUUGGUAAACGUCUUAACUUCUGAGACACGUGGCCACAGAAUGACAGUGUUUCAAGGUUUUUAUUAAGAUAACUGACACAUACAGUCCUGAUAUUAUUGUAGUAGAAAGUCUGGAUUGAUUGUGACGCAAACUAGUUAAACAUCCUAUAAAGAUAAAGUAUCUGUGGCAGAUAACCCGCCUCAGUUUGGGGGGAACCCUUGGGGAAUCAGGAUUCCGUGAUUGAAACCUUGUGCCUCCGGUCGUAAAUGUCUGCCGUCAGAGAAAAGGAGAAAGAGCCGCAGCACUUGUAUUUGGGGUGGAUUGUCAGAGAGGCUGAGUUGGUCCUGACUGCAGUCAACUGUCCCUGUGUUUGGCCGUCCACACCUCUGGUACGGUUCCACGCAGCAACACUUCCUUGGUACAAAAUCACAUUGGUUCAGUGAAGCGGGAUGCGUCUAACUUUUUAUCAGUUUAAAUGAGACACUCUGAUACAGCUUUCAUGCUGCUUAUGUUGUCUUUUAUAUUUUAUGCUAAAUGUUUAUAUAUUUUCUUGCUUCCUAAAGUGCAGCCGGUGUCAAAGAGGGUAAAUAUUCGUACUAGGUGAUGUUCAGCUCAGUUUGUGAUACAACUAAAUUCCAGGCUAACUUAGAUUCUGCCACCUCUGCUUUUUACUCUGUAUAAUUAUUAUAAUUAUGAUUUGGCGAUUUGUUGCCUAUGCAAAUGAUGUUAUUUGCAGUUAUCUGGCCUGACUUGACAAUCAUGUCGCAGAAUGCAAAAAGAAAAGACUUUUCCUCAUGAUGAGUUUCUUUGUACAUGAUUGUUUUCCAGCUUUAUUCUAAGCUAAUCCUCUUGUUGAUAUACAGGUGAUCAGCAGUAUUAAAUAUCAUUUUGUUUCAUACACACUGUUGCUUUUUUUUACAGUGAGGAUGUGCUGAUGUUUUGUCGUCAAUUUGCACUUGUACAUGUUUGAAGGUUCCUUUGAUGUUCACUUGAUCCAAGAAAUAUGAGAAAAAUGAGUCAAAUUAGCUUCACCUGUUUGGUGAGUUGUUUUAAUAAUGAUGUACAUGUGGAUGGUGCCGAUUUGCUACAUAAUAUCUGACAUUAUUCUUUUCUCUGCAAGCAACAGGGAAAUCUGACCAAAAAGUGUAAAUUAGAUUUUAUUCCAGCACUUGAAACCAUAGCUGGCCAAUAUAUGAUGUAUUUUUAUUGAGACAGUGAAGACAUGUGAUGCCAUUUGGGUGGACGGACAAAGCCUGUUCAUGUUUGUGUUUCAUCUGUGAGUAUGUAAAUACACUGUGCUUGCCAGACACAGUUCAUGUAGAAUAUAAAAAAACAAUUUAAGCUACCUAGCGCUGCGGUUGGCAUUGCCAGCCUUGAAGGAUAUUAACUUUGUACAGCAUGUAAGGAAUAAAAUCUAAUGUGACAUUCUAAA